AUGUCGAACGUAAAUAAUGCCGCCCAAAGCACGGCAGCCGCUGGGGAUGCUGCCAAUCUCAAGCCUAUUCAGGUCAAGCUUGUGCUACUAGGCGAAGCCGCCGUGGGAAAGUCAUCCCUGGUACUCCGCUUUGUCAACAACGACUUUCAGGAAAACAAGGAACCUACAAUCGGGGCAGCUUUUCUGACCCAAAGGUGCAAACUGGAUGACAAAAUCAUCAAAUUUGAGAUUUGGGAUACUGCCGGUCAGGAGCGUUUCCACUCUCUGGCCCCUAUGUACUACCGGAACGCACAGGCUGCCGUGGUUGUCUAUGACCUUACAAAACCGGCUUCUCUCGACAAAGCGAAAUCCUGGGUAAAGGAACUGCAGCGCCAAGCGAACCCCAAUAUUGUCAUUGCGUUGGUCGGAAACAAGCUUGACUUGGCCGCCACUGCGCGGGGAAUCCCCACCGAAGAAGCCAGUGCAUAUGCCACGGAAGCUGGCCUUCUCUUCGCCGAGGCCUCUGCGAAGACGGGAGACAAUGUGAUCGACGUUUUCACUGACAUUGCCAAGAAGAUUCCAUUGGAGCAAUUGCUCGCGUCUCGAGGUCGCACGGGAGCUGCCGGAGCAAGCGGUGCCGGGACAACUGCUGGCAGGGUGGAUCUGAACGCGGGAGCAGCUGGACGAAAUCAGCCGCAAGGCCCUUGCGCCUGUUAA